UGCUCUCUGUGUUUGGAACACCUCUCUCUCUCUUUCUCUCUCUCUCUCUGCUGCACCUCGGCUCAACUGACAGCCACCAGCUAUGGGUGACAUUUACAAAGCAGCGGUUGAGCAGCUCACAGAGGAACAAAAAAAUGAGUUUAGGGCAGCCUUCGACAUCUUCGUGCAGGAUGCGGAGGACGGCUGCAUCAGUACCAAGGAGCUGGGGAAGGUGAUGAGGAUGCUGGGGCAGAGCCCUACCCCAGAGGAGCUGCAGGAGAUGAUCGACGAGGUGGAUGAAGAUGGCAGUGGCACAGUUGACUUUGACGAGUUUUUGGUCAUGAUGGUGAUGUGUAUGAAAGAUGACAACAAAGGAAAAUCAGAAGAGGAACUGGCAGAACUCUUCAGAAUGUUUGAUAAAAAUACAGACGGAUACAUUGACCUUGAGGAGCUGAAGUUCAUGCUGGAUACUACGGGAGAAACUAUUACCGAAGAUGAUAUAGAAGAGCUGAUGAAAGAUGGUGACAAAAACAAUGAUGGAAAGAUUGAUUACGAUGAGUUCCUUGAGUUCAUGAAGGGAGUGGAAUAAACAUCAAGCAAAGGAGAAGA